AUGUCUGGCGAAAAGCGCCCCGCUCAAGAAGCCUUCGGGUCCUCCAAUCAACUUGUGGUCAAGCGAAACAAGCCCGAUGGCCAGAACCCAAGUACAGCUGUUGUGAAAGGGUCGUCGCAGAAUGGAGCUCUUAUUCAAUCAGUUCCACGCACCAGUGGUCUCGAUGCGCCGAUCAUGGAACUCACAGGUCAUUCGGGGGAAAUUUUUGCAGUUCGAUUCGAUCCUUCCGCGCAACAUAUUGCAUCUGGUUCAAUGGACCGCUCAAUCUUGCUGUGGAAUACGUAUGGACAAUGCGAAAACUAUGGUCAGAUGAAUGGGCACCAUGGCGCCGUCCUCGACUUGCAAUGGGCACGCGACUCGCGGGCUAUUUUCUCGGCAUCAGCAGACAUGACACUAGGUACCUGGGAUGUGGAGACCGGACAGCGUGUGCGGCGCCAUAUUGGCCAUGAAGAGAUUGUGAACUGCGUGGACCUCAGUAAGCGCGGUCAGGAACUACUCCUAAGUGGCAGUGAUGAUGGCUGUAUUGGAAUCUGGGAUCCACGUCAGAAGGAUGCGCUGGACUACAUCGAGACUGAACUGCCCAUCACCGCGGUGGCCUUAUCUGAAGCAGGAAAUGAGAUUUAUAGCGGCGGGAUCGAUAACACCAUUCAUGUCUGGGAUAUCCGCAAGAAGGCCAUCGUGUACUCCAUGUUUGGUCACACCGACACCAUCACAUCGCUCCAGAUCUCUCCCGACUCCCAAUCACUUUUAUCUAACUCACAUGAUUCGACAGUUCGGACAUGGGACAUUCGUCCCUUUGCCCCCACCGCUUCCCGCCAGAUUCGCACCUUUGACGGUGCACCUGUUGGGCUUGAGAAGAACCUUAUCCGGGCCAGCUGGGAUCCCAAGGGCGAGAAGAUCGCUGCCGGAAGUGGAGACCAAAGUGUCGUCGUGUGGGACGCAAAGUCUGCAAAGCUUUUGUAUAAGCUUCCUGGUCACAAGGGUACUGUCAACGAUGCCCGGUUCUCUCCCAGCGACGAGCCAAUUGUUAUUUCCUGUUCUUCCGAUCACACUCUCUUGCUUGGAGAGCUAGGCAAAUAG